CCACUCGGCAGCCGGACUAUUAACCCCGCGGUCCGUCGGAGUAUUACACGGUCAAAGGCAAUACAUCAAUGGCCCUAGAAUCAAAUGGCAACAACGUGGUGUGGUUGAACACAACCCGUCCUGAUCAAAUACAGCAGAGUCAACCAAUCGAGCAGCCAUUGAAGUGUUCCAUGUUUACUCAAACGGAGCAAACUAAUAGUUUUACCCAGACGGAACAGAGCAAUUCGAGUUACGGAGACCAGAGACAGCAGCAAACAGCAAUGUUUGACCCACAGCAGAUUCAGCAGCAAGCUGCUGCGCAAGGUCAGCAGUCGCAGCAGCAGCAGCAGACUCAGCAGAUGUACGUCACAUCGGAUAAGAAGGAGGACAAGUCUCAGCAGCAGCAACAGACGACUACUACCGAGUUCCCUCCCUCCUUCUAUUACAACGUCAACAUGUUGCAGAAGGUUCAGACAAAUGCGGUGAGCACAAUCAGUGCAAUCACCGAUGACAAGGGUUGUUACCGUUUCGAUGUUCAACCUGUCGGUUAUAAUACAUUGCUAAACCAGAUGAGUAUUGCCGCUGCGACCGCAAAUGCAACGUUCAAGUGUGAGAUUUGUGGCCUGGUCUUCGGUCACAUGAGCCUGCUGCAGCAUCAUAAGCGGAUUCACACCUCGACGCCCAGCAAUUUGCAGCAGCAGCCGCAGCAGAUAGUGGUACAAACGCCGACAACAGUGACUGUCGCCACCACACCAGAAAGACCGUAUACUUGUGACGUUUGUGGAGCGUGUUUUGCAUUACCGGGAGAAUUAAAAAGUCACAAAACAAAUAUGCAUCAAAAACCAAAGGUGCAAAUUUGUGAAGAUUGUGGCAGUGAGGACCCAUGCGAACAUCAUCCAACUAAAGUUAAAAAGACUAUCAAACCUGGUCAUCAUCCUGUGAAACGAAGGGGUGUUACCAGUGUCACCAAAUGUCAUAAGUGCAACGGCACGGGGAUUAUUUUUAUAGGUAAACACGACGAAAAACUAGAUUCCGGAAUCAGUUCCCUCGCAAAGUGUGGCGGCUGCAAGGCUACAGGCCGCAUCGUCAUAGGAAGUGGCAAGCAAAACAGUCAAAAUCAAGCGGAGAAACCAUUUCAUUGUAACGUUUGUGAUGGUACAUUUUCUCGAUAUUCUUCACUCUGGUCCCAUAAAAGACUUCAUUCGGGAGACAAACCAUUCAAAUGUGAAGUCUGUGGCUUAGCCUUUGCUAAGGCUGCUUAUUUAAAGAAUCAUGGAAGAGUUCAUACCGGUGAAAAACCGUUCAAGUGCAACGUUUGCGGCAUGCAGUUUUCGCAGAGCCCACACUUGAAGAAUCACGAACGAAUUCAUUCCGGCGAGCGACCCUAUCAAUGCGAGGUUUGCGAAAAGACGUUUGCCAGACAUUCAACGCUCUGGAAUCAUAGAAGAAUUCACACCGGCGAGAAGCCAUAUAGGUGUAAUAUCUGCGGUUCCGCCUUCAAUCAAGCCACACAUCUCAAGAACCACGCAAAAGUCCAUACCGGUGAAAAGCCGCACAGGUGCGAUAUAUGCGAGAUUGGCUUUUCCGAUCGUUUUGCGCUGAAGCGUCACCGUGCGAUCCACGAGAAAUAUGGCCAGACGGCACGAAACCAGAAUGCAAAUAACCCAGCAAACGCACAACAGGCCAACGCGAGUAAUCAGCAGCAGCAGUCGCAGCAGCAGCAACAGCCACAGCAGGCACAACAAGGCCAGGUUGUGGUCGUGAAUGCGACUACUCCUGUCACUGUCAGCCAAGGGCAAGGCCAAGUUAUACUCGACGAGGUCUACAAGUGUCAGGUGGCCUUCCCAGAGCCUAAAUGAUUCAGCUAGAGAAUACCUUUCAGGAGUUGGUAAAGAGGUUAAUUUUUUUAACCUUUUUUUUAUAUUAAUCUCAAGAACGGCAAAAUCCAUGGAUAUAUAAAAUAAAAAGUAAUGGAUUUUACGCUGAAAGAGUCAAGUGAAUUCUGCACAAGUGACUGUGAAUAGCGCAGCUCUUUUUUUGUGUAUGUGCAGCCACUUGUAUUUUGUGGAAAAAUAUUUGGUGACUGUCGAUGGAUUGAAUUUAGAUAUGGAUAAAGAUUUCAAGGAAAAAAAAACGAAAAAAAAUAUGGACGGAGAGACUGCGUGAAGUUUGUGCGAGUGAUAAAUUUCAUAGAAUGUAUCCUCGGAUUUAAUUCGUAAUAUACAAUUGGACGAUUUUCAACCGCCAACAUCAACGAAGUCUUUUUGUGAAGUAAUAGAGAAAUAUGUCUACCUUUAUAUUUUGCCAUUCGGAAAGGUGGAAAAAAAACAAUUAAACCGUAUCGCGGCAUACAUUUCGUAUAUAUUAGUUUUCUAAAAUAAAACGGAAAAUGUAAUUGUAAUCGUAUCAUUCUUUCAUACAUCUAUAAUAAUCGUUAAUUUGUCCAUGAGAACAAAAUUGCUAUACGUCUUGCCAGUAUUUCAUGAUUUCAUGAAUGGCAUUGUGCAAUAGUUCCGACAAAUUUUGCGAUUAGCCCGACAAAGUGUACUUUCGAAUGAUUGUAACAACGGAGGAUUGCAACAGCGUGUGUUUCGGUAAUGAAAAGCGCAAGUAUAAGGUAUCGAAUAUUUUACUUGUUUUUUAGUAAAUUUAAAUUGUAUGAUAAAAAAUGCCCAAACCUCGGCCCUUCUCAACAUCAUGAGGCUGGAUUGUGUGUUUCUCAAUGUUUAAAAUAU